AUGACCUUGACCUCGGCUGUUCAUGAUGAUCAUCCUACAAUAAUGAUCGAUCAGUCAGCGGGCUUAGUUUUGGCGACGGAAGAUCUCAAAAGGGGGAUGAGGGCUUUGAAAAGACGCCGAUUUGAUAAAGAUUUGAAGCAAUCAUGCGAUCAUCGAGGAGCCAACGUGGGAGGCCUCUGUUUCGUUUGCGGUUGGCAACUUUCCUCAAAUUCACCAACAAUGACUAACUACGUUGAUGUUGAUGAAAGGAUACCACUUAAAUAUGUGCUUGACGAUUUCUCUAUAACUAAAAAGGAGUUUUUCCUUUUCCGUUGCACUAAUUAUCGGACAAACCUCAUCGAAAAGAAGAAGCUUUCUCUCAUCCUCGAUCUUGACAAUACUUUAAUUCAUUCCAUCUCAUUCGAUGAUUUUUUAAAGGAAGACCAUACUAGGGACUCCAAAUCCCUCAAAGAAAAAGGAAUUGUUACUUCUCAGAAGAGGAAGAUCUUAACGAAGAUAAGACCAUAUGUGACAUGUUUCUUAAAAGAAAUGAGCAAGUUGUUCGAGCUUUAUAUUUACACUUUGGGAAGUAGAUCGUACGCAAAUGCCUUUGCAAAUAUGGUUGAUCGGGAUGAGGCCCUUUUUGAUUGGAGGGUUAUUUCAAGGGAUGACUGCACAACCAAAGGCGAGAAGAAUCUUGACGUCGUGCUCGGAGGGGAAGAGAAAGCAGUGGUGAUUGUGGACGACAAUGAAUCUGUUUGGCCAAAACACAAGGAUAAUGUGUUACAAAUUAAACCUUACUAUUAUUGGCAAAAGAAUCAAAAAAAGACCGAGUCAACGGAAAACUCCUCUAAUUACGUUAAUGACGACGACGUUAAUGACGACGACGAUAUAGAGUUGUUGAUUAUGUUGACGACACUAAAGAAACUUCAUAGAAAGUUUUUCAAUUGCAAGAGAUUUUAUAUUCAUGAGAACGAUGUUAGGCACAAGAUUAAGUUUGCUAGAAAGUAUUACUUAGAACUCAACCAUCACCGUAAUAAAUUAAAUUCUUAA